GUCCAAACUGAAUAAGUUGAACUCGGGCUUCUAUUUCAAAUUUGGGCCGAGUUUCCUGAUGGUCUGGGCCGAGUAUAUCCACAGUCUGGUUCCCCUUUUCCAAUUCAAUUUCGCUAUUUCCCCUCCGUUUCUCUCCCUCCGAGGCCAGAACUGUUCAAAUCCCUAAAAUCCGAUGAACUGAACUCUGCAACGUUCCUCCGACCAAAUGUUCAUCGUUUCUCCGUCACCUUCAGUCUUACAGCUUCAGAGUUCAGCGAAUCCGGCUUUCCGACUGUGAGGAGUUUGUCGGCGGAGGCUAUCAAUUGUAACUCUAUUGGUGCUUGGCACAGCGGUAAACAGUCUCUCGCCGCUGUAAAUUUCGUGUUCUCGUUCUUUGUUACCUUCCGUUUUUCUAAACCUUUCCAGUUUCGAGAUUUUAGGUGGGAAUUGAAUUGAUCAGUAGUUGUUUCCAGUAGAACGCCACGAGCAACAACACCUGCAGCUGCCAGUUGGGGAGAAAUGGGAUAAGGCGCAUUGAGGAAGACAGGUUAAGCCACCUUCCAGAACCCAUUAUUUAUCACAUCCUUUCGUUUCUCGACACCAAAUCCGCCGUUCAGACCUCUGUGCUGUCCCGCGUGUGGAGAUGCGCUUGGAAAUAUGUCCCCGUCCUCGACUUUCGAAGUGAUUCCUUCCAACUGUAUUCUAGUUUUCAAACGUAUUUGGACAAGGUUCUGUCCCUCCGCUAUCCCUUCAGUCUCAGCAAGAUGAGCUACACGGAUUCUGCAGAGCAACUAGAUUUUAGACUGUUUAGAAAGGUCGUCACCUAUGCCUUAUCUCAUGAUGCUCGACAUUUAGUGGUCGACAUGGACACGAGGAAUGCGGAUUAUGAAGAGAGUUACAGCUUCUCCGGUAUGUUUGGCACAAUCUACAAUUGCAGCCUCGAAACUCUGAAGAUAAGAAGUGUCUGCAUCGAUGGUGGAUUUGUGACAUCCAGUUUUGGAAUGCUGACAAGUUUAGUUUUGGAAGAAUGCCAACUGAUUUUCGACAAGGGUGUAGACUUCUUUGCUUGCUGCCCCUCCCUGAAGAAUUUGGUCAUGAGUUAUUGCAUCGACCAUUUUUCCGGGGAAGAGAAGGGUCUCAAGGUAUAUGGACCCCAAUUGCUCAGCCUGAACUUCGACAGUCCUGCAUGUUUCGACAUCGAAUUAGUUGCACCAAGGCUUAGAUUCUUCGGUGUUCAUCAUAGCUUGUACUACUACCAGAAGUUCUCCAAGUUAAGCGUUCCUGCCCUUGAUCAUGUUGAGAUCUGGGUCGAUGGUUUCGACGCUGUCAGGGAAGAUGACAAUGAAUGGACAGCACAACGUUUCAUCUCCUUGUUCCGAGAUUUGAACAAUGCAACGUCUCUGAUGCUAGAUUCCUACACCAUCCAGGUAAUGAGUGGUGUUUCUGAGUUUCUGGAACGACAACCCUCUCCUUUUAGGAGAUUGAAGUCCUUAAUGGUGAAGGCUGACAGUAUACCUUUCAGACUAGCCAACUGUUUACUUAAAGGGUCUUCUUGUAUGAACCCAAAUGUUGAGUUUGUGCGUACAUGUUACUUCAUAAUUUAGCAAUUUUGGCAUCGUUUCUGAAUUCUGAUCAAGGUACGCAAGGUUGUAUUGCUUCCUUUUUAUGCCAUUUAGGGAUAUGUUGCAAGUUCAUCCCGAGGAUCAGUACCAUUUGGUCCGUGUCGGACUUGUCUAUUUUAGUUUGAUAUUUGACUUUAGUGUUGUAGACACGGAAGGGAUCAAUGCUUUUAUUUUACAAAUGCAAAUUAAGCAUUUGAUAUCCUUCUAUAGCAUCGACUUUCCACGUGGGAGUAAAAAGAAGCCCUUAUGCAUAUGCUAAUUAUACAUAAAUUGAUCUUGCUCGAUCACAAUAUAAAUGGGUUAAUUGCAAGGAUGGUCACUGGGUUUACUAAAAUCAUUCAUGUUUGGUCACUGCAAAUAUUUAAUUUCAUUCAUGGUCACUAAGAUUAGUUCAUUAGUUCAAGUUUGGUUACUCUCCGUUAGUCUCCGUUAGUUUUUGCUGAUGUGGCAGUCAACAAUUAUAGUUGAUCGUUAAAUGAGUGACGUGACCAUUAAUAAAAUAAUAAAAUUUAAAUAUUUACAAUUUCCAUCUCAUUUUACAACUAUUAAAAAAUAUAAAUAACUUACCUCCGCAAUCUACGCCACCGUGGCCAUGACGCGAUCGUCUCUGCCGCCGCUCCUUCCUCAACGCCGGCCUCGCUAAGCUCGGAUCGACGACGCGAAUUGUGCGGCUUCCGUAGGAGAUUCGGCGGACGUGGUGCUUACAGGAGUGGAAUUGCAAAGUGGGUUUGUCGUUCUCACAGGAGAUCUCGUAGUCGGUGUCGCCGCAGCCUUGUGGGUCGGUGGUGAGGCGAAAUGGGUAGGUGAUGCUUGUUAGUUCGCCGCAGGAGGAAUUGCAAGUCUGAGCGAGGAAUCUGGGUUGAGUUGCUUGGGCUGUGACUGUGAGGAGGAAAAGCAGCAGAAGGAGGGGAAGUGUUGGGAGAAACGAGGUGUUUGGGGAUCUUAUCAUCUUCUUGCUGGUUGCGUUGGCUAGCUUGUAUUUUUUGGCUGCUAUUUGCAGAACGGGUAGAUGGCAAUGACGCGAUCAUCUACGCUACCUCCGCCAUGACGAUCGUCUCCGCCGCCGCUCCUUCCUCACCAUAUGCAUUAAGGGCAAAAAUGAAGUGGGAUGAAGCAAAGCGAGGCCGGCGUUGUGGAAGGAGCGGCUGUGGGGACGAUCGCGUCAUGGCCACGGUGGUGUCGAUGGCGGAGGUAAGUUUUAUUUGUAUUUUUUAAUAGUUGUAAAAUGAGGUGGAAAUUGUAAAUAUUUAAAUUUUAUUAUUUUUUUAAUGGCAAGUCACUCAUUUUUAACGAUCAACUAUAAUAGUUGACUGCCACAUCAGCAAAAACUAACGGAGACUAACGGAGAGUGACCAAACUUGAACUAAUGAACUAAUCUUAGUGACCAUGAAUGAAAUUAAAUAUUUGCA